AUGGAUACAGUUACGAGUACAGAUGAUUUGAAUGUUGAAACUAAAUCUAUUCAGGAAAACAUACUUUUAGAGAUAAUAAAGGAAGUUUGCUGCGUUUCUGACAGCAAAUUAUCACCUAAAUUGGUUGGUAAAGUUAAUAGAAUCAUCGCUGACUGCAACCUUACUCACCACUCUAGUUUGCACAAGUUUGCCGCAGGAGAUGAGAGUACAGCGACAGUUUUAGGUUUUGUGAACCAAACAUCAUCUGAAUUGACUUUUGAUGAGCAAGGAGAAUUAAAUGAUGCUAUUCUAAAUAAAAUACAAACAAAAUUACCCAAGUACAUAGCUCAAUUAGAGCAACUUCAAAAAUCGUCUGGAGACAAAAUUUCUCAUAAACAAGAAAUACAAGAGCUACAAAAGAGUCUAGAUGAAAAGCUCAAUGUCCUAAGGGAGCAAGAAAAUGAAAAGGUGGACUUGAUGAUGGAAUGGUUAAAUCACAAGCUGAAUCAUGUAUCCACAUUCACCAAUAACACAACAGAGCUUUUGACAGUGAAAACUAAAAUAUUAGAAGUGAAAUCAAGAAUCAUGCAUCUAAAUAUCUUACAAAACAUUUAUACUGAAACAAAUGAAUCUAUCAAAGCUUACACAGAGGUACACAAAGAUUUAAAGGAAAGUAUAAAAGAAACCGAACAAAGGAUUAAAAAUUACAAGAAAAUUAUUGAAAAUAAUUAA